AUGAAUUUAUGGAAGAAGGAAUGUUUAAAAAAUGCCACUCAGUAUAAUCUUCUGUUUUUUUUUUUGUCAAAUCUUAUCAUGAAUUGGAAGAUGCAUUGUAUGAAGAAAUCUCUAAACAAACAAAAAGGAAAUAAUAUAAUCCAUUUUGAUAUUGUUCAACAGAUCAUCAUUGAUCAUACUGAAAGUACCCAAUUAAACAAUAUAAUUAUGUUGGGUUGCCAAAAUAUGUUGAUGUUUAUUGGAUACUUGUCGUUGCGCAUUAGUUGGUAG